AUGCCUCUCGCAAGCCACGUCAACCCAGAGGACAUUGUCCAACGCCUUCAGGCAACUCACAUCACAGCCCCGGGCAACGCCAACGUCCUCAGCCAUGGUACAUCAGCACACAUCCAACCCUAUGACAGUCGAUACACCAGUCAAACCAACAUCCCCAAGUACAAGAUUCCCGACGAGGGCGCUCCGGGAGACACCGUCUUCCAGAUGAUCAGAGAUGAACUAGACCUCGAUGGCAAACCCAAUCUCAACCUGGCGAGUUUUGUGGGAACAUGGAUGGAACCCAACGCCACCCAGCUCAUGCAGGAGAAUCUCUCCAAGAACCUCUCAGAUGCAGACGAGUACCCCGCCAUGAUGGAGAUGCACCAACGCUGCAUCAGUAUCAUCUCCCAUCUCUGGGGUGUCCAGCCUGGUGAGAAGGCCAUCGGUUCCGCAACUACUGGCUCUUCCGAGGCCAUCCACCUCGGCGGCCUCGCCAUGAAGCGCAGAUGGCAGCUGAAGCGCAAGGAACAGGGCAAAGACACCUCCAAGCCCAACAUUCUCAUGGGUUCCAACGCGCAGGUCGCGUUGGAGAAGUUUGCCCGUUACUUUGACGUAGAAGCCCGCAUCUUGCCCGUUAGCAAGAAGAGCCACUACCGUCUGGACCCGGCACUGGUAAGAGAAAAUGUGGAUGAGAAUACCAUCGGUGUCUUUGUCAUCCUCGGCAGCACUUACACAGGGCACUACGAGCCCGUUGAGGAGAUCUCACAGAUCCUUGACAAGUACCAGGAGGAGACUGGCAUCGACAUCCCCAUUCAUGUCGACGCCGCGUCUGGCGGCUUCAUCGCCCCUUUUACCCACGCAGGCGCCGGCGGUUCCAAGUGGAACUUUGAGCUCCCCCGCGUCAAGUCAAUCAACGUCUCGGGCCACAAGUACGGGCUCGUCUAUGCCGGCCUCGGCUGGAUCAUCUGGCGCGACCAGUCCUUCCUGCCAGAGGACCUCAUCUUCGAGCUGCACUACCUGGGCGGUACAGAAAAAUCCUUCACCCUCAACUUCUCCCGCCCAGGUGCCCAAGUCAUUGUGCAGUAUUACAACCUCAUACACCUGGGCUUUGACGGAUACCGCUCCAUCAUGGAGAACUGCCUUUCCAACGCCCGCCUGCUUGCCCAAAGCCUCGAGGCCACGGGUUGGUACACCGUCGUCUCCGACAUUCACCGCCGUGUUCCUCAUAAGGAAGCCAGCAGUGCCGUGAAGAAGUUUGUGAACCAAGCGGCCACCGCCGUCGGAGGCGAGAGCGCGGCGCCCGGGGAGACUUCUGCCGAUUACGUUGCGGGUCUGCCCGUCGUCUCCUUCCGUCUGACGGAUGAAUUCAAGGCCAAGUAUGAACACAUCAAGCAGGAGACCAUCUCCUUAAUGCUGCGCGCCCGCGGCUGGAUCAUUCCCAACUACCCGCUACCGCCCAACGAAGAGAAGAUUGAGAUUCUUCGAGUUGUUGUCCGCGAGACGAUGACCUUUGAUCUGCUCGAGCGACUUUUGACGGAUAUCGCCGAGGUUACGGAGACGCUUAUCGAGAACGAUCAGAUUGAUUUACAAGUUCUGAAGAAGCAUCACAGCCGCCGAAGAGUGCGCGUCAAGGGCGAUGAGGAAAAGCAUAAGAAGAAGGAGGGUGCUGCCAAGGAGAUUGGAAAGGAAGUUAGGUCGAUGGAGGAUGGCAUUCAUCGUGCGGUGUGCUAA